GCUAGUCCUUCGGUGUUGAGCGAGCCGCUGGCAGGAGAGGUCCCCAAGCCCCCGGCGGCUGUUGGGGCAGGUGCUGUGCCCUGUGUCCCAGCCUUGCACAGGGACAGGGGUGAGGAAGGCCCUCCCAGUUUGGAGUAUAUCCAGGCUAAGGACUUGUUCCCCCCGAAAGAGCUUGUGAAGGAGGAAGAGUCACUGCAGGUCCCAUUCACUGUGUUGCAGGGCGAGGGAGUGGAGUAUCUCGGCCAUGCAAACGAUGCUGUGAUCGCCAUCUCCAACUACCGGCUUCAUAUCAAGUUCAAGGAUUCUGUGAUCAACGUGCCUUUGAGGAUGAUGGAAAGUGUAGAGUGUCGGGAUAUGUUCCAGCUUCACAUUGUCUGCAAGGACUCCAAAGUGAUCAGGUGCCAUUUUUCCACCUUUAAGCAGUGCCAGGAGUGGCUGAAGAGGCUGACUCGAGCCAUUGCCCGCCCUGCUAAGCCUGAGGACCUCUUUGCUUUUGCCUACCAUGCGUGGUGCUUAGGAGUCUGCGUUGAUGAGGAGGAUCAGCAUGCGCAUCUCUGCCGUCCAGGAGACCACGUGAGGUACCGAUUUGAGAUGGAGCUGGUGCGGAUGGGCUUUGACUUGCAGAACGUCUGGCGUGUCUCUGACAUCAACAACAAUUACAAGCUUUGUUCCAGUUAUCCCCAGAAGCUGCUGGUCCCUGUCUGGAUCACCGACAAAGAGCUAGAGAACGUGGCUUCGUUUAGGUCUUGGAAAAGGAUCCCUGUGGUGGUGUACAGGCACGUGCGCAACGGGGCAGUGAUUGCACGCUGCAGCCAGCCGGAAAUCAGCUGGUGGGGCUGGCGAAAUGCUGACGAUGAGUAUCUUGUGACAUCUAUUGCCAAAGCCUGUGCCUUGAACCCUGGAGUAAAGGUGUCCGGCGGCGUGCUGCACAACGGGAGCAGCGACGGCAGUGAGGCCUGCGAUGCCGACUUCGACUCAUCCCUGACCGCAUGCUCGGGUGUGGAGAACGCAGGAACUCCUCAGAAGCUGCUGAUUCUUGAUGCCAGGUCCUACACUGCAGCUGUGGCCAACAGAGCGAAGGGAGGCGGCUGCGAAUGUGAAGAGUAUUACCCAAACUGUGAAGUCGUCUUCAUGGGCAUGGCCAACAUCCACUCCAUCCGGAACAGUUUCCAGUACCUGCGUGCCGUCUGCAGUCAGGUGCCAGACCCCAGCAACUGGCUUUCGGCCCUGGAGAGUACCAAGUGGCUGCAACACCUUUCUGUCAUGCUGAAGGCGGCAGUGCUGGUCUCCAGCGCGGUUGACAGAGAAGGGCGUCCAGUGCUGGUCCACUGCUCAGAUGGCUGGGACAGGACCCCGCAGAUCGUAGCGCUGGCGAAAAUUCUUCUGGACCCCUACUACAGGACCAUGGAGGGCUUUCAGGUGCUUGUUGAAUCAGACUGGCUGGAUUUUGGUCACAAGUUUGGUGAUCGCUGCGGUCACCAGGAGAAGGUGGAAGACCAGAACGAGCAGUGCCCAGUUUUUCUCCAGUGGCUGGAUGCUGUUCAUCAGCUUCUGAAGCAAUUCCCUUGCCUCUUUGAAUUUAAUGAAGCUUUUCUGGUGAAGCUGGUGCAGCACACGUAUUCCUGCCUCUACGGGACCUUCCUGGGGAACAGCCCCUGCGAGCGAGAGAUGCACAACAUCUACAAGCGGACCUGCUCCGUGUGGUCCCUCCUGCGGGCUGGCAAUAAGAACUUCCACAAUCUCCUCUACAUGCCAGGGUCUGAGCAGGUGCUGCAUCCCGUGUGCCACGUGCGAGCGCUGCACGUCUGGACCGCGGUCUAUCUCCCAGCUUCCUCGCCGCAUCCUCUGGGACAGGAUGAUAUGGACAUUUACCUGCCCCCUGGAUCGCAGAGCCAGGAGUUCAGCGGCAGGUGUUUGGACAGAUUACCAAAGACAAGAUCUAUGGAUGACCUGCUCUCCGCCUGUUUUUCCGCCUGCGACUCCAGCAGCCCGCUGACCCGCACGUCUAGCGAUCCCAACCUGAAUAACCACUGUCAGGAAGUGCGGGUGGGCCUGGAAGCGCGGCACGCCGCUGCCGAGGGAGCCGAGCCGCACCUGGGCGAAGGCGGCGUGGUGGCGGGAGGAGAGACGCGGCAGGAGGAGGAGCGAGAGGAGAGCGCUCGGAGCAGCCGUGCUGAGCACGGAGGGCAGAGCAAGCAACUGAGCGGCUGGGCUUCUGUGCCAGCAAGCAGCGCCCCUCUGGGGGCAGAAAAGGGAGAUGGAACAUACACGGAGGAACUGGAUGGCACGUGUCCAGCUCCCAGUCCUUCCAGAGAGGAAAAUGUUGACAGGGUUCCCAGCAGUUCUGGAAAGCAGUUAGAAACGGGUCCCCAGGAACCUUUGAAGGCUGCUGACGUGGUGUCUGACGGAGGAGGCUGCCUCAGGAGAAACGCCACCUGCCAAGAUGUUCCCAGCCAGGAGUCCCUGGCACCGAGCGCCCCUCGUCAGGUCAUCCCAGGCCCUGCCCCGGGCAUCCGCUGCCCGGAUGAAGACAAUGGCAAAGGCGAUGCUGGAAGGAGCGUGCCCGGCGAGGAGCCUGGCCGGCUGGGGAGAAUCCCGCUAGAGCAGUGGCGCAAGCCCAUUUCCCAGAGCCAAAGCAGCGAGUUCUCCUUCCUGGGGUCUAACUGGGACAGUUUUCAAGGAAUGGUGACAUCGCUCCCCAAUGGGGAGGCUGCACCCAGACACCUCCUCUCCUACGGCUGCUGCAGCAAGAGGCCGAGCAGCAGACCGCUGCGGCCGGCCGAGCCCCCGAUGGACUACGAGGAUGACUUUACGUGUUUGAAGGAAUCAGACGGCAGCGACACUGAGGAUUUCUGCUCUGAUCACAGCGAAGACUGUUUGUCAGAAGCCAGCUGGGAGCCUGUUGACAAGAAGGAGACUGAGGUCACGCGGUGGGUUCCAGACCACAUGGCCUCGCAUUGUUUUAACUGCGAUUGUGAAUUCUGGCUGGCCAAGCGGAGGCAUCACUGCAGGAACUGUGGGAACGUGUUCUGUGCUGGUUGCUGCCAUCUGAAGUUGCCCAUCCCUGAUCAGCAGCUCUACGACCCUGUCCUCGUUUGUAACUCCUGUUAUGACCACAUCCAAGUGUCUCGUGCCAGGGAGCUCAUGAGCCAACACCUGAAGAAACCCAUCGCCACGGCUUCCAGCUGAAUGCCGGACAGGGACCCGUCGAAGCCCAGCCUUUUCUCUCGUGGGUUUGAAGGGUGACUCUGCCUCCACCGUAACGGUGAAGGCCGUUGGUGCAACACUUGCACACCAAGCUCGAAUGCACUGUCGUCAGCAGUCACGCGCUCGGUCUGGAGCAGAGGAGCUCAGGGUAGAGUAUGGUGUGUGUCCUCACCCUGGCACCGGUGGGCCCGUACAUUGUAGUCUGACGACCUAGGGCUGAAGAGGGGGUUGCAACCUCUCUUUUGUGGGCUGGAAAGCAAUGUUUUCACAGACACUGCCUGUGCAAAGUCCCCCCAGAGCAAUAGAAAGGCAUGUUUAGAACCGACUUCCCCUACGAAGGCAGGCUGCUGUGCGAGAAG